AUGGCAGACGGACUGGAUCAUGAUAUAGCACCUGAAUUGUUAAGACUGUACGAAUCUAUUUACUUUCGUCAACUUAAUAGUAACAUCGUCACUAGAAAGGCUCAAUUUGAGUAUUCCGUAUGUUUAGUACGCGACAAAAAUACGGAACAUAUUGAAAGAGGCCUCGGCAUGCUUAAUGAACUAUACAGGACUGACGAUUAUGGGCAAAGAGACUACAUAUAUUUUCUGGCACUAGGAAAUGCCAGACUUAAGAGAUAUGAAGUAGCAAUGGAGUUGCUGUAUUCGGUGUUGAAAGAGGAUCCCACCGAAUUCGAGUAUUCUGCAUUGUACAACGAAAUAAGAGACAGAUUGGCUGUUAACUCUUUAACUGCUAAUAUGUCUGGAUUGCAGUUGGAUGCUACUAAGAGGGGUUAG